CUGGUCCUGACGAACAGAGGGAGAAGAGCAGGGUUGUUGUUGUUCUCCGGGUGAGGUGUUGUCAUCUUUAGCAUACAGUUAAACGACAUUUAAAACAAAAAAAACGGAGCUUUUUGGCGUUCCUCUCUCCACCGCCGAUCAUUUAAGCAGUAUGUGGAUUCCCGCCGAUGGAUGUCACGACAAACACUGAGGAGAUUUUAGCUGAGAGCUCGAUCCAGCUGCUUGAACUUGAGGUCUGAGCUUGAAUCCUAAACCACGUCUGAGACUGGAGAAUCGGUUUCUUGGCUACCUACUCAAUGUCGGUGUCAGUGGAGAAGAGGGAUGCCUGGUUCCCCCCGGACUGGGAGGAUGACGAGCGGAUGGCUUUCUUGUUCUCUGCCUUUAAGGAGAACCGAGAUGUUGACUGCACAGACUGGGAUGGGAAGAUAGACUUCUGGAGUCCUCUGAUCAUCGAUCACUGCAGGCGACACGGUUCGGUGUGUGUGAGUCUGCAGGAGCUGAAUGAGAGCUUCAGGAGGAAGGGCUCUGUCCCUCUGGGCUUGAGUACUGUCCUUCAGAGCAUGAUCAGAGGGGGUAAGGUGCAGAAGGAAUCAGACUUUGCUGCAAACGUAGACUUGGGCUGGUUGUCGUGGGGAGUCGGACUCUUGUUGGUUCGACCUCUGAAAUGGACUCUGUCAGCUCUUCUGGGCAGUGGGAGGGUCCCACUGGAGGAAUCGUUCGUUGUGAUAGAACUGGUGAAAGAAAAGGCUGUGGCACUGUUGGCAGCGUAUCGGACUUCUCCUUUAUCAACACACUCUCUGGUGUCUUUCCAAGAGCUGCGAGCUCUCUCCUCACACAUCUGUCCGGAUGAAAGCUCGCUCUGCCUGGCUCUGCUGCAGCUACAGAGAGAGAAACAUGUCACCGUCUCACUCCAUGAAGGAGAGAAGCUGGUGAAGUUUAGUCAGGCAGGACAGGGACGUGUGCCUUCUGUUAGCGAGGUGGACCUGGGCAUCUAUCAGCUCCAGCGCAGCGAGAAGCUUCUGGAGGAGAGGGUGGAGGCCUUGGGACAGGAAGCAGAAAAGUGUAAGCAGCAGGCAAAAUCGCUGCUUAAAGAGGGAAAGAAAUCACAGGCCCUGAGGUGUUUACGUGGGAGCAAGCGGGUGGAGAAGAAAGCGGAUCGUCUGUUCGCUCAGCUCGAGACGGUCAAGGGGAUCCUGGACAGAAUAGCAAACUCCCAAACUGACCGCCUGGUGAUGCAGGCAUACCAGGCAGGUGUGGCGGCGCUGAGAAUCUCACUGAAGGGUGUGACUGUGGAGCGAGCAGAGAACCUGGUUGAUCAGAUACAGGAGUUAUGCGACACUCAGGAUGAAGUCAACCAGACUCUUGCCAGUGGAGCGCUGGAUUCUGGUGAGGAUUCAGAGGAGUUGGAGGAGGAGCUGAAGUCAUUAUUGGAGAAAAACAUCCCAAAUAACGACGUGCUCCCAGUGGUCCCGACACAUCCUAUUUCUCCUCCAAGGAAAACGUGUAUCCCAGAUGCUGAUUUUGUCCAGUUUCUGCCCUCCGUGCCUGAUUCCAGUCUAGGCAUCACAGACGAGGAGCUGGACAGAGAACUAAGUCGACUUACAGGCUCUGUCACAGCUGUGCCGAGAGGAAGUCUUUCAGCUCAGAGGAGGCCGGAGCCGGCACAGUGACCGAGGGCGCCGCACAAGCAGCCACUGAAAUGGUUUAAUCACUAUACAGUACAGAGAGCCAUCUGACACAUGUGUGUCCUUGCAUUGUAUUAAGCCCUAGCAAGUCUUUAUGAAAAGCCCUUAUUCAUGUUUGUAAUGGCAUGUCUAUUUUCAUUUUUUAAAGAAAGUUUUAAGAGUGGCCUUUUUGAGUUUGUAAAGUCUGUACAAUGUAUUAUUCUAAUAAAACUACAAAUUAUGAUGCCAAAUAAAGA